CACAGGAGCCAACGCUCAGAGGGUGGACUGUCAGCCUCACCUUCCCAGCGCCGAAGCAGCGGGGCCUGGGAAGUGGCCAUGCUCCGAGGCUCGCCCGGGCUAGGCCUCAGGGGCCUGAAAGGAGCCGAGGGCUCUGCAGAGGACUUGGGAGGCUCUUGCCCUGAGACUGGGAGGAACUUUGGGGUGCUGAGGGAAAACGGCGCCCCCCGGAGCCAGGGAGAGGCCGGGGAGGCUGCGGGCGGAAAGCGGGCCAGGCCGGUGCGGUCCAAGGCGCGGCGCAUGGCCGCCAACGUGCGGGAGCGCAAGCGCAUCCUGGACUACAACGAGGCCUUCAACGCGCUGCGGCGGGCGCUGCGGCACGACCUGGGCGGCAAGAGGCUCUCCAAGAUCGCCACGCUGCGCAGGGCCAUCCACCGCAUCACUGCGCUCUCCCUCGUCUUGCGUGCCAGCCCCCCUCCCCGCUGGCCCUGCGGCCACUUGGAGUGUCACAGCCAGAUGGCGCGCGCAGGAGGCACUGGGGACGCCCGCUCCAGCCCCGCACGGCCCGCGCCGCAACCCGCAGGGCCUAACCUCGGGCGCCGGGACGCCACAGGCCCCUUCCUGCAGCCGGCGCCGCGCUGCGCCUCUUGCUCGCCACACACGUAUAUGGGACGGCCCAGGGCGGUGGCCGACGUCCCAGGCUGGGGCCAAGCCUACGGAGGAAACUGGCGCCGAUGUCCCGGGUCUCCCUCUGCUGGGCCCCUUCCCUGGUGCCGAGGCUACCUGCGAACAGGCACCGGGUUGGGCUACCAGCACUCCUGAGCCGGACACCAAGGAAAGCUGGGCUGGCAGGAUGACUAUAAAAGGGAAGACGCCAAAAAAUAUUGUCCUGGACGGAGCAAAACGGAAUGAGCUGAGACCCGUGGAGGAAAGGAGGCUGCUUGGCAGCAGGAAGGAACUCUGGGGGCUGGGGCGUCACCUCCACAUCCCAGUCCCUGGUAGCGGCUCUGCGAAAGAAGCAGGAUCCUGUUUGGCUUUUAGGUUUGGACUUGUUGAACUCUUCUUGGAAAGUGGCCUUUGCAUUCCUGUGCCUCUGAGCCGUUUUCUCUCUCUGCUUUUGGACAGGGGGACUUGUGUGGGAGUAUGGGUGGCCACCUGUUUGGGUCUGAUGGCACAGUGUCAGGACUCUUCCCCCUGUGGCUGUCUCAGGUCUGAUCUGAGAGAGGCAGACAGAAGCAGCCAAAUAAAAAGGAAAAUUGUCA